CGGUUUCCUAUGCCACCGGCGUCGCCUGUAGCUUCCUGAGCCUAGAUCUCCCUGUCGAAGCGAGCGAGACGAACGGACAGGCGACUCGUUUUGUCUGACCAUCUAUCUGUCUGUGGCGCGAUGGUUGGGAGCGACAGGCACCACGACGUGCAGCAUGAUCUGCGGAACCGACCGCACGGCGACAGGUGAGCUGACUGAGUGCGAUCGUGGACCAACGUCACAUGUUAAGCAUAGGCGAUCUGUCCUGUCUGUCGGUCUCUCUGUCAUCUGUCUGUCUGUCUGCCUUGUGUGUGCAGGAAGGGCAGCACAUCGACCUUUACGGUUUUGGAUGAGGACAGUUUUGGGAUUGUGGUUGGCCGGGCCGGCUCACAUCGAACCAAAGUGGAGAAGUUCUUUGGCGUCAGCCUCGAGGUGCGUCACGAUCAGAGGGGCGAGGCAGGCCACUCUCUCUCUCUCUCCCUCUACCUCACACACGCGCCUGUCUGUCUGUCUGUCUGUCUGUCUGUCAUGCCUGUGUGGCCAGAUGGAGAAUUACCCCAAGAAGGGCAUGCGCGUGUCGGGCCCGUCGUCGGCAGUGGGCCAGGCCAACCUGUACCUCAAUUACCUCAUCAGGUCACAGCGCAGAGACGCCACAAGACACCAGGGCGAACUCGAAGCUGUCAUCACCGAACUCGGAGUCGAUCCUGGUCAGCAUAAGCCACACACACACAAACACAACCACAUGGACGGAUGGAUGGAUGUGCGCAGAAGUGACAUUGGUGACGAUGCGUCUGGGGACCAACCGGCGUGUGGGUGCUCACUUUGCCGGGCUUGAGAGCGAGUUCCACGUCAUGACGCUGCGCUUCUCCGAGCGGCCGGGAGAGACCCACUCUCGCAAGGAGGAGGCCAAACACGACUUCCUUGUGCUGUUCGGACCAAAGUGAGGGAGCCAUCGUCCCAGCCUCCCACACAGCAUCGCACACCAUCCAACGCUCACACGCAUUUCUUGUCUUCUUGUGCUCUGCAGGGAGGCUCGUCGUGCGGCCGAGAGUCGCGUCAAAGGGUUGCUGGAGAGUCUGCAGGGGGGUAGGCUGCCGAGCAGCACAGAUGCCCUGCCGCACACGCCCACGUCAGCAUCGUCGUCCACCGACAUGGCGGAGGGGUUCGAUGUCGAAAACUGGCGACUGGGGGCAGCCAAACUGGCGCUGCUGGCCGACUGGCACGACAAGAUCAAACUCGCCUCGGGCUGCUCCAUGGUCACCGAAAUCGGCAAAGAGACUCUGUAUGUCGCCGGUGAGUGAGUAGAGAGGGAGGGAGGCAGGAAGGCAUAGGGUAAGGGUGUAUGUGUAUAUGUAUAUGUGUGUGUGUUGUGUGUCAGGUUCUCGUGUGGCUCGUCGUUUAGCCAAGAUCUACACGGAGGCCCUGCUACAGUUCUUCAGCCAACACGCCGUCACUAACCAAAAGUGAGUGAGUGAGUGAGUGACGGCUUACUAAGCCAAGAAGUCAGCACACCAGCCUCCCUAAGGUCAAACUUGUUGCAUUCGCCGGUUCUCGCCUUGUGUCCUGUCCUUUGUCAGGGAGGUUGAGAGUGCUUCGUUUCACUGCAGCGACACGGCCGAGGCGACUGGCAAGAUGGAUGAAAUCGAAACCGCCACGGGCUGCGCCAUCGCCGUCAACACACCUGGGUGGGUGAACGAGGCAGUGAUCGAGGCUGUGUGUCUGCACUGCAUGUCUGUGUGGUGUGUGUCCUGACUGACAGGGACAACCGUUUUGAGUGUCUGGCGUUCGGCGGCAACAUCAAGGAGGCCAGGCGGCUGCUGCAGGACUACGCCUCCACACACGCCGCCAUCCCCACACCAGCACCAUCACACCCACCUCCCACACAGCAGCAACAACAACAACACCAGCAGCAGCAACAGCAACAGCAGCAGCAGCAACGGCAGCAGCAAGAGGAGAAGCAGGAGCUCUCGACCCCGCCACCGCUCCCUCCUCCACCGGCCGCAGCCGCACCAGGACUGGCAUCCUCACCGUCCGCCUCAUCAAGUUCAUCUCCCUUUCAGCUCAACCAUUCCUCCCACAACAACGCCGGCCCAUCUCGCCCACAGAUCAAGACGGACAGCACGUCCAGCGCGGCGUUCUUCACACCCUCCCCGAUGUUUUCGCCAUCGUCGUGCGGGUCGUCGCCUCUGCCCAAUGCCGCUGUGGAUAACAACGGCCAUCAGGACAACAACGGCGUGGGGCUCCAUGUCGCUCUCAAUGGGCCGGUGCCAACGUCUAUACCAAGGUGUGUCGGGGGGUGGGCAAGCAGCCUGACACACAAGGGGUCGGGUGGUGGAUGCGAUGCGAUGGAUGCGAUGCAGCGAGUCGUUUGAGUCGAUGGGUGGCGAUGUGCGUCUGCCGGUAUCGACCUUCAACCGGAUGCAGAUCAAGAUCAAGCAGCUCGAGGCGUCCGUCAGAAACAUGAGAGCCGAACUCGACGAGGAAAAGGCCAAACAGUAAGCCAACACACACCUCCACACACACAGAGACCAGGUCUUUCGGUGCAUUUGUCGGUAUGCUGUGUGGUGUGGCUUACAGCCCCAAUGACCACUGUAAUGGCGACCCGCUGAUAGGCACGUUCGGGGCUCAGUUUGCCGACCUCAUGCGGCAGGUGAGACACAAAGCGCUCACAGGCAGACGGCAUUUCGUGUCUCUAUCCCCCCCUAUGUGUGCCGUCGGUCUAAUCUGCCUGUUAUGUCAGAAGGAGGGAGCAGAGAUGCGCAUCAAGAUGCUCGAGGAGGAGGUCGGACGAUGCCGCGGGCAGGUCAACACCCUCAACAACCAGCUGCAACAGGUAGGCAUGCAACCAACGCACAGACACACAUAAAAAGAGACAGACAGACAGACAGACCGCUCUCUCUCUUUCCCUCCCUCCCUCCCUCGCCCUUCGAUGUGAUUCAGACGGCCCUGACGUCGGUGCCGUACGUGUCGCCCCACGAGCUGGGUCCGAUAUCCCCCGAGCAGAUCGCCCAGGUGCUGCCCCGCCCCGCCGCUUCCCAGCACGAGACAGAGGCCGUCCUGCGGAUGGUGCAGAAGCGAGCCAUCCCCUUCGCAGAGCACGAGAAGCUCCUCUUUCUCAGACACAUCGAGUUCCUCGUCUAUGUCCCCGGCAUCCCCUGUGGCUCCUAUCGCCGCGUGUGUUGGGAGGGCUGGGGGGGCGCCUUUGCGCAGCGGGGCCACGGGCUGGGUGGGAUGCUGGGCUUCAUGCACGAGGCGGCGCGGGCGUACGAGGAGUUCCUCGUUAUGCAGGGGUAUUCGUUUAAAUGAAUGACGACUGACCACAUGAAUGACGUGAGCAAGGCAGGCUGGCUGUCUGGCAGCGUAGCAUACAUAUAAAGGGUGAGGGGUGCAUCGGUGGUUCGUUAGUACGUCUGUCUGUCUGUCUGUCUGUGAUUAGCUCCUCCUCCCCUUUUCUCUCUGGCUGUGGUGUGCAUAUUGCGGGAUAGACAGAUGGAUGUGACGGACGGCAGUGGGUGGGGUCGGGUGGCGUGUGCGGCGUUGCCUAGAUUCUUCCUUGUUGUUCUUGUCCUAUUGGGCUGCUCGCACAGCACAUGGCCUUGCAUGGCCUGGCCGAGGGCUGGCUGCACAUGAGUGAGUGAGCCUCGAGUGAGUGUAUGCUCAGUAUGUCUACUGCAGCUGCAUCAGGAGUCGAGACUCCCACUCUCGUGCUGUCUCGACGCUUGGUGUUGCCAUGGUUGAGCAGAGCACACAGUCGAGGAAGCAUGCACCCAGGCUGGCCAGCUGGCAUGUGGCGCGGGCGGGGCGGGGCGGGGCGGGGCGGGGCGGCUGUAGCCCUUCUUUCUUGUGACGUACGUCAACAUAUACCUACCGUAUGUCCACACCCAUCCAUCCAUCCAUCCACCGUACUCCUACUCACCACAUUCACACCCAUACCAUACACUUACCUUUCGUGCCACUGCGCACUCCCCCCCGACGACGCUGCCCCUUCCAUCCAUCCAUCUCAUGCAUGUGAUGUGAUGUGCGCAGCGAAGUCGUCUGUGCAGACAAGAAGAAACAAUGGCGGCGGUGACUGACCUACUGGCAGGAGGGAGGAUACAGACAUGUGUGUGUAGUGGAUGGAUGGACGGUUGGGUGGAGG